AAUCUUUACUUCAAGGCCACAAAGAAAACUUGUGGCUGAGAAUUGCUCCUCUUGAUGACGUGGCAAUACUCACCUGCCUAAAACGGAUCAAAUACGGAGAACAUAAACACAAAAACACACACUUUUAGUAUUUUCUUUUCCGCAGCGAAGGGAAAGGAAAAGGAAAAAGGAAACAGAGAGGAUAAACAGACCAGUAGAAAUGUCGGAGACAAAAGACCCGGCAAUCAAGCUUUUUGGGAAGACGAUUCCUUUGCCAGAUAACUCUCAUGGAGGUACUACUACUACUGCUAUGACUUGUUCUGGUGCUGCUGAGAGCGUUGUUGUUGAUGUUGAUAGUCAAGAUCAAGAUCAAGAUCAAGAUCAGGACUCCUAUCUUGAAGACAGCAAUACCAAGGGAGAUGGGGAAGAGAGAGAAAGUGAUAAGGAUGAAGUGGGAGAAAAAACGACCGAGAGUAAACAGGAACUUGGAGCACAGAAUGUUACUUCAGAUGAGUCAUCAAAUCCGGAUGCAAACUCAGGGAUAAGUGGUGAGAACCAUAAGACGGCUUCUGUUGAGAAAGAGGAUGCUGCAUUGAAAACUUCAAAGACAGAGGAACAGCAGAGUGAUACAAGUAAUUCACAAGAAAAGACCAAAAAACCUGACAAAAUCCUUCCAUGCCCUCGCUGUAAUAGUAUGGACACCAAGUUCUGUUACUACAAUAAUUACAAUGUAAAUCAACCCCGGCACUUCUGCAAGAAUUGCCAGAGAUAUUGGACAGCUGGUGGGACUAUGAGGAAUGUGCCUGUUGGUGCUGGUCGUCGUAAAAACAAGAAUUCAGCUACUCAUUACCGUCAUAUAACUGUCUCUGAAGCUCUUCAGAAUGUUCAAACUGAUAUUCCAAACGGCAUCCACCAUCCUGCACUGAAAACUAAUGGGACAGUUCUCAACUUUGGCUCAGAUACUCCACUUCAUGAGUCUAUGGCUUCUGUGUUGAAUCUUGCUGAUAAAACAAUGCAGAAUUGCACGAGAAAUGGGUUUCAUAAACCUGAAGCAUUAAGAAUCCCAGUUUCAUAUGGAAGUGUGGUAAAUGGGGAGGGUCUUUCAAAUGGAUCUUCAGUCAUGGCAUCAAGUUCAAAGGACGAGGCAAGCAAAAAUGGGUCAUGUCAGGGCUGUCCACCUCAGAUACCAUGUUUUCCUGGCACUCCCUGGCCUUAUCCCUGGAAUCCAGCUCAGUGGAACACUCCAGUACCUCCCCCUGCGUUUUGCCCUCCCGGAUUUCCCAUGCCAUUCUAUCCUGCAGCAGCUUAUUGGGGUUGUACUGUACCAGGCAAUUGGAAUAUGCCUUGGAUUCCUCAUCCAUCUUCUCCAAACCAAGCUGCACUCAGCUCUGGUCCUAAUUCUCCCACCUUGGGAAAACAUUCACGGGAUGAGAACACGCAGAGAACAAACAACUCAGGAGAGGAACCAGUGAAAGAAUGUAAUGCUGAAAGAUGCCUUUGGAUUCCAAAAACAUUAAGGAUUGAUGACCCUGAAGAAGCUGCAAAAAGUUCCAUAUGGACCACACUCGGGAUUAAGAAUGACAAGGCUGAUUCAAUCGGCGGGCGAGGACUAUUCAAGGCAUUUGAAUCCAAAAGUAAUGAAAAGAAUCACAAAACUGAAACCUCUCCAGUAUUACAAGCCAAUCCUGCAGCAUUGUCUCGGUCACUCAAAUUCCAGGAGAGCUCGUAAAUUUGGCAGCUUACAAACUUGUAGAUUGUUCCUAAUGGUGCAAGCAGAUCGUUCUUGUUUGGCUGACCUAGCUAUGUACAUUAAAGGGUUAUAUUUGAUUCACAAGCCUCGUUUGUAAGAUUUUAUUGCUGCCAUGUUGAGAGGAAGAGAAUAGGAGGAAAAGUCAUCCUAGUAUAGGCAGGUGCUUUUUGUUUCAGUUAGAUGGUUUGCAAAGUUCAUGUAUAUAUUAAUAUAUAUAUAUAAAAUGGUGAGAGACUGAAAGUUUAGGGAAAAACAAAAAGGUCGAGUAUGUGUAACCAUAAUCCCAUUUGUUUUAAAAUAAAUUUGGGAAAUGAAAAUCCAUCUUUUUGUGGGCA